AUGACUUUUCCCUUCUUCCACUUUACGUUCUUACGACGCCCGCCCGCGGGGCUAUGUACACCACAUUCCUACUGCCCCUCGGGCACAGUCGCGUCGCGCGGCGCUUGUCGCUGCUUUUACCAUCGCACACCCAUCGAUUCGAUCCUGCCCCACACUCCUUCCAUUCCAAUCCACGUUAUACGUUCGCCGGUCGACCCACCCACCAUAUCCGCCGGACCGACCACCUUUUCUGCACCCCAUUUUACGUUGUGUUUCAAGUUUUCGCAUUCCGUCGUCUUUUUCUGUCGCCGUCGCAUCUGUACAACACCAUCCCAACACGGACCGUCCGUUCAGAUCCAAGCGCUUUGA